AUGAGUGCCCUCAAGUUCCUCGGCCUUGCUGCGCUCGCUGCGGCUGCUCCAGUAGAGGAGCGCGCAAAGAAGCCCAAGAGCUUUUUGAAAGAGCUUGGAAACUCGACUUGGAUCAUUGGCAAUGAGAUCUGGAAUGUUACGCAAAAUCGCCAGUAUGCCGAUAAGCUGUGGUACAAGGGAAAGGAUCGUGUUGGAGAUGCUGUUGGGCAUUAUGUUAGUUACAACGGUGCGGCAUCUGAUUUGAACUGGACAUCCGCCGCGAUUGUGGACUCGGAUACCGAUUAUAUCAACGUCAAAUUUACGGCGAAGGAAGGCGACUUUCAUUGGGUGAUCUACGAUGACCUACCAGGCGCAUACCAGUACUUUGUCAAUCACGACUUGCCUACGCUGGGCGAGUUCCGUACAUUAUGGCGUCUCGACAACACCUCGUUUCCACGUGGUCGCAACAACGUCAAAGAUGGUGUGCUUCCCGUAUUAGAAGAAUACCGUCAAGCUACCAACGUCCAGGAUGAGACCUGGCAAAAGGCUGACGGGUCAUUCUUGACAAAGUAUGACUGGAGUGGGUUUGUUCGAGACCAAGAAUACUACGGUGUUUAUGGAGACGAAGUGGGGAGUUGGUACCUCAAUCCUGGGAAGGACUACUACAACGGCGAUCAUCUCAAGCAGGAGCUCAUGAUCCACCGCGAGUCCCAGACGGGCGAUGCAGUCCAGCUGAACAUGAUUCACGGUACACAUUACCAGGCCAUUGCGCGUGAUUCAUUUGCUGAUGGAAAGAUCUGGGGUCCAUGGCUCUGGUACCUCAACGAUGGCAGCAAAGACGACGCCGCAGCCCGCUGGGAGAAGGAGGAAGCAGCCUGGCCGUAUAAGUGGUUUGACAACAAGCCCUACCAGUCUCGCGGCAAGAUGCAAGGCAAGCUCCUCUUGAGCGACGGACGCCCAGCUGCUGGCGCUGCCGUGUUCCUUGGAGACAACCGCAACACCACAGUGUCCACGCUCGACCAAGGCCAGAACUACUACUACACCACCUACGCCGAUGAGAACGGCAAGUUCGACAUCCACGACAUCCGUACCGGCACCUACGCGCUCUAUGCUUGGGGUAACGGCGGCGCGAUCGGCGAUGUCACAACAAACUUUACCCAGAACGACGUCGUGAUCCGCGAGGGCAAGAACACGAACCUCAAGGAGAUGACAUGGAAGGUCACCGAUAGCGCGAAGCGCAUCUUCCAGAUCGGCGACUUCGACCGCACAAGCGACGGCUUCAAGCUCGCUGACCCAGCCCACCCAUUCGAACACGCCCGCAUCUCCAAGUGCCCAGCAAAUCUGACCUACACUGUCGGUACCAGCUCUCCUCUUGACUGGUGUUUCGGCCAAUCUGCUCUCGGCACCUGGUCCGUUCUCUUCCCUUCCAAGAGCACCUCCGCCGCUAAGUUGACGGUCUCACUGGCGGGCUUCUCUCAGGGCUCGAGCUGCGAUAUCCUGCUCAACGACGUCAAGGUGGGAAACAUCACCAGCGCCAGUCUGUUGAACAGCCAAGAUACGUAUCGUGGUGCGACACGGGCGGGCGAGUGGAGGUUGCUUGAGAUUCCGAUCGCGGAAGGCGCGUUGAAGGGGGAGGGAAGCAACCGUUUGGAUAUCAAGGUUACUAGGACAACGCAAUGGAGAGGGUGGCUUUGGGAUAGCUUGGUCUUGGAUGAGAUGUAG